AACUGACAGGCCGCGUCCAGGCGUCGCAGAGUAUAUUCCGAAUUCAUCCACCGUUACUUGAAGUUGCGUCCCGGGUCCUGAGUCGGCUCGGCGCUGGAGACGGAAGCGGCCGGUUCGACGGUUCAGCGGCACAUUUCGCACACGUCCAUGCACCUUCACGCGACCCCGAGUCUGGCGGCCGAGGUCCCAGGCUUCUCGCAGGAGCAAUUGGACCGCCUCGCCCGCAGCGUUGAAGCGCGGCGGCAGCAACUCGAGGAGGACAUCAACGCCUACAUUGCGCGCAAACAAGCCGACCUGCGCCAGCAUGAGAGCGAGCUUAUAGAGCAGUUGUGCUCCAUGGAACGCGCCGCGGACCCUGACGCUGCUUCAAGACGGUCCAGCGCCAGCGCCGCCUCGACAGACGGCACCGCGGACCCUACCAGCCCGCAGCAGCAAGCGUCGCAGCAAUCGCAGUCGCCCGCAUCGCCCGAGGAGCCCAAGAAGCAGAAGAAGCACGGCCGCGUGCACAAGCGCGAGAAAGAGCUGUAUGGCCUAGUCACGCCUGUGUUCCUGCCGCUGCUCGACGCGCGCGAGUCACCGCCCGAGAAGAAACAGAAGCCUGCCACGCCAACGAAGUCCGCCGACGCCAGCAGCACCGCCAGCUCCGCGCAGUUGACGCCCACGAGCGAUGCGCCGGACAGUAGAGAGUGCCGCCAGCCACCGAACGCGCCCAAGGACCCGGCCAGCGACAUGCCUGGGGAGAUGCCCGUCAAGGAGCGGUCCGUCUCUGAACCGGUCAAGAAGUCACGGCGGUCCUCGAUCAAGAAGAAGUCGGCCCUGCGCCACAGCAGCACGCCGCGCAACCGCAAGCGCGUCAGCCUCGUCAUCGACGACCAGGUCGUGCUGCCGUCGGACAUGAUCCUCGAGCCGCCCCUCACCAGCCCGGGCAGCGACACCACGUCUGCCACCAACUCGACCGCGAGCCUCGACGAGAUGAUCGACCCCCGACUCACCUCCGACGCCCCCGUGUACAUCGAGCACCACGACGCCGUGCACCACAGCCUGCCGCUGACCAUGACCGCGCCCAAGAUGACGAGCCCUACCAAAGCCACCGCGCCGCCCUUCUCCACCCCAACGCCCGUCUUGCCCGACGCAGCGAAUUCCCCACCCACACCCCCCAGCCUCCGCUCACCCACGACCCCCUUCGCCCCGCCCUCCUACGCAACCCGCUCCUUCCUCGACCCGCCGCCAGAGCGCAUGCACAUCGAAGACAUCCCCACGACCGCUGGCCCCGCCGCAAUUUACCCCGAAUCCACCGACGAGCUUGUCCCGCACGCCGCCGCCGCCGAGAACUUCCAGACGUACGUCGGCGGCAUCUCCGGUAGCGGCGUCGACGACGUCAACCAGGUCGGCAGCGUUGGGUACCCGAGCAGCCUCGGCGCAAGCUAUCUCGAGAGCUACAUGCAGGGCCGACCGCUGAGCGUGCGCAUGACGGCUGCGCAGCGCGAGGGCGACCAGGACGAGCUCAAGCGGCUCAGAGGCUUGGAGGAGCGGCGAAGGGAGAAGGAGGAGAAGGACAAAAAGGAGAGAGAAAGAGCAGAGGACGAUGAGUGGGGUGUUGAUGUGGCGAGGGGGAGAGAUGCGGAUGACGAUGAUUUCAUGGGGAGUAUGGACGAUUUCUGAGGAUUUGUGAAAGAGAUGAGAGAGAUGAUCUUGGAUUCGCACGAUUGUAGUUUUUGAGAUAUCGGGGAUGUCAUGUGAGACUUGUAUUGCAUGCAUGCGCAGACGCGUGUGGUGUACUGCGGCGUUUGGGUCGCGUGCGAUUAGAC